ACCCGAGAAUUAGCACAGUUUACCAAAGCCAUCCAGUCAGUAACGAUCGCAGUGUCUAGUGUUCCGACGGGUCCUGUAAGCAUACUUGCCAAGUUCGUCAGUCGUGAUGGCUUUCAAAUACGUCGCUCUGUUCGCUCUUAUCGCUGUGGCCAGCGCCCAGCACUAUCAGCAGUACCAGCAGCCCCAGUACCAGCAGCCCCAGUACCAGCAGCUGCAGUACCAGCAUCAACAGCCAGAAUACCAUCAGUACCAGCCACAGCCCCAGCAGGUAGUUUACAAGCAGCCCGCUCUGCUGAAGACUGUCCAGCCUGCCCUGGUCAAGACCGUCCAGCCCGCUCUGGUCAAGACCCUGAAGCAAGUCGAGUAUGCCGAUGCUCCGGCCGAGUACCAGUUUGCCUAUGAUGUGCACGAUGACCACACCGGCGAUGUCAAGAGCCAGCAGGAGGAACGUCACGGAGAUGUCGUCAAGGGCCAAUACACUCUGAUCGAUGCCGAUGGUUACCGUCGUAUCGUUGACUACAGUGCCGAUGACCACAACGGAUUCAACGCAGUCGUCCGCCGCGAGCCGCUGGAGGGUCACAAGGUGGUGAAGACCCUUGCCCCGGUUGCCAAGGUUGUUGCCCCGGUUGCCAAGGUGUACGCCGCCCCGACUGUCACGAAGGUGUUCGCUCCGCAGCCAGUGCACUACCAGCACCAGCCAGCGCAGCAGUACUAUCAGGCUCCGGCUCCCGCCAAGGUGUACGCCCCGGUCGCCAAGGUAGCUCUUCCGGCAGUCGCUAAGGUAGCUCUUCCAGUCGCCAAGGUUGCGUACGCUCCCCACCAGGAAGCCGUCAACCAUGUCCAGUUCCACGGACCGUCCAGCAACUACAACUACAGGUUCACGGCGGACGACGGCGUUGAAUCCGUUGUGCUCAUCGGCGGUGUAGUCCACAACGCGACGGUGACCAUCGGCAUCGAUCAGCGUGUACUGUCCCUUAACAUCAUCACCGUGGCGCUCUUCCUGCUGGCUCUUGAUGUCUCCGGUGUGUUCGUCAUGCACGGAGUACUGGAACUGGUACUCGGCCGGGGCUUCUGGGUAUUCGACAUGUUUCACAGUCUUGACCAGAGCGGGCUGGACGGUCUUGAUAAGAGCGGGCUGGAUGGUCUUGACAACGGCCGGCUCGUGUUGGUACUGGUGGUACUGGGGCUGGUACUGCUGAUAGUGCUGAGCGCUGGCAACAGCCAGGAAAGCUACGACGUGGUAGGUAAGGCUUGGUGCAGAGAAGCUCACAGUGGCUACAUGGGCCGGGGCAACAACCUUGGUAACCGGGACGGCAUAUUUGGCAACGGGCACGGCAACCUUCAGAGCUGGAGCAAUGUAGUGAGCUACCGGUACGGCUACCUUGGCCACCGGAACCACAGUCUUAACCAGCUUGUGUCCCGUCAGUGGCUCACGGCGGACGACGGCGUUGAAUCCGUUGUGCUCAUCGGCGGUGUAGUCCACAACGCGACGGUGACCAUCGGCAUCGAUCAGCGUGUACUGUCCCUUAACAUCAUCACCGUGGCGUUCCUCCUGCUGGCUCUUGAUGUCUCCGGUGUGUUCGUCAUGCACGGAGUACGAGAACUGGUACUCGGCGGGAGCUUCCAGCUCUACCUUCUUAACCAGCGUUGGAAGCAGCACGGCAUUGGCAACACCCAGGACGGCCAAAGCCAGCAGUUCUACCAGAUCUACAUCAUUCGCAUAUCAAUCCUUGCUGCAAUCAGUAUUCCUUCCCAAACGGCUCUUUACCUCAAAAUGGCUUUCAAAUACUGCAUCCUGUUCGCGUUGGUUGCCGCCGCCAGUGCUGCGGUGCUUCCUGUUGCCGUCAAACACAUCGAAUACGCGGACGCUCCGGCCGAAUACCAGUUCGAGUACUCCGUGCACGAUGACCACACCGGUGAUAUCAAGAGCCAGCGCGAGGAACGUCACGGUGACAACGUUGUCGGACAGUACACGCUGAUCGAUGCCGACGGAUACCGUCGUGUGGUCGAAUACACCGCCGAUGAGCACAACGGAUUCAACGCCGUCGUCCGCCGCGAACCGGUGAAGACUGCCAUCCCGGUCGCCAAGGUCAUCGCCCCAGUUGCCAAGGUGUACGCCGCCCCGAUCGCCAAGGUCGCCGUCCCGGUGGCUAAGGUUGCCUACCCGGCCUACCAUUAUUAAGCUCUGCGACCAACAUUUUCCUAGCUAGCUCAAUUUAAAGUCUUGUUGUAAAUAUUUCCUGGAAUGAUGCAAACAACUACGUGAAAAUAAAUUAUAAACCGUAACUGAAAAAA